CAUUUUCCUAACGUCGCUCCUCCGUUAUCUUCUCUCUCUUCUUUCUCUCUCCUCUGCUAAUCUUCUUCUCCACAGUACUCACUUUUGUGUUCGGAUCACUUCGAUCUCGUCCUUUCCCAUAUUGGGUGCUCUCUCUCUUUCUCUCUCUGCUGCAUAAGACUUUAAAGAGUUUGCAGAAUCUUCAGCUGCCAUGGAAGAUGACAUCGUGGACUUGCCUCCGGGCUUCAGGUUCCACCCGACGGACGAGGAGAUCAUCACUCACUACCUCACCAAGAAGGUCCUCAACCCCAAUUUCUCUGCCUGCGCCAUUGGAGAGGCUGAUCUCAACAAGUGUGAGCCCUGGGAUUUGCCGAGGAAAGCGCAUAUGGGAGAGAAGGAGCGGUACUUCUUCAACCAGAAGGACCGGAAGUACCCGACGGGGAUGAGGACGAACCGGGCGACGGAGUCCGGCUACUGGAAGGCCACGGGCAAGGACAAGGAGAUAUACCGAGGGAAGAACACCUUGGUCGGCAUGAAGAAGACCCUUGUCUUCUACAAGGGAAGGGCUCCUAAGGGCGAGAAGACCAACUGGGUCCUGCACGAGUACCGCCUCGAGGGCAAAUUCUCCUACUACAAUCUCCCCAAGGCCUCAAAGGAUGAGUGGGUUGUGUCGAGGAUUUUCCACAAGAGCACGGGGAUCAAGAAGAUCAUGACCAGUCCGAUGUCGGGCCUGUUUCCGAUCGAUCCUUCCGGCGAAGACGAGCUGCUGGAUCCUUCUUCUUCUUCGCUCCCUCCUCUCAUGGACGACUCUUAUUUCUCAAGGCCGAGCGCCAGCUUUGCAAACAGCGAGAAUGGAUUCCCAGGCAUGACCAGCGCAUCUGUACCAAGAUCAGCCGACGGAAACUACGCCGACGAAUUCAACCGAUUACAAAGAAUCAACCCAAGCAAUACCAACUACCAAAUGGACCCUAGUGGCUCUGCAUUCAGCACGAUGCUCUCCGGGCAAGCGCCGGUCCCCAUCCCCUCGUUUCAAGGCCCGGCGGAUCCGGACUACUUCUUCGGGUUUGGCUACGGAGGUGGCAACGACAAUCAGGCGAUCAUCAGAGGGAUGGCAGCAAGCCAACACGAGACGCCGGGCCUGGAUAAGAUGAUGCUGAUCAAGGGGGAACAGUUCUCGGCAUCGAACAAUAGGUCUAUGGUCAGCCUCUCGCAGGACAUGGGGCUGAGCACCGACGCGAACGCCGAGAUAUCCUCGUCCGCCGUCUCGAAGCAAGAAGUCGGGAACUUCUCCGAUUAUCUCGAGUACACAUGGGAAUAGCAGCAGACAGCCCCAGCCACCAUAUACAUAUUUGAUUCACAGAUCUCCUGUUAGUCUCUUUGUUUCAUUAGGAAUCUUGGGCUAGAUGAUGAGUUGAUUGGAUUUGUAGUUUGUGUUGUACAGUUACAGAUUGAUGAAAAUUUCUGGACAUUCU